UUCGAUUGACUGCGAGAGCGAUGCCGGUCAAAAUAUAAUUAUGCCAAGAUUUGGUUUAGCUACAUAACUAUUCUUACUUUUAUGACAGUGGACUGAAGGAACGAUGACAUUCUUUUCUGAAUAUUAGCUUCUUUGUGGUGAAUUAUGCGGAAUUUAGCGAUGGAGGACACGAAACGCGAGGUAUUAGAGCAGUUGCAAAAUGAUUUGCCUACCAUGAAUAGCCACAGCUCACCACCGUUUCAAGAUCUCAUCACUGAAAAGGUGUCCGACACGGUUUUGAACGCCAUCGUGGGGGAUGUUACCUACAGACUGAAAGAGAUCAUCCAGCAAUGCUCUCAAUGGAUUGCGCAGAAAAACAGUUCUUUACUCACAGUUGGCGAUGUCAACCAGGUGUUAGAGAGAAUGAACUACCCAAUGAUUUUUGGUGAAGAUCACCAAGCCAUGCCUGAAUUUUGGAACAUUGGUGGAAUCCUUGUUGAAAAUGAUCAAGAAAUCGACCUCUGCAGCUCAGUGCUGAACAAUACCAACACUUUCACUCUCAACGGAGGACUUUACAUCAAAAAUGAGCUAAUUAUAGGCAGAGGGGAAGACGGCAGCUUGGGCCAGUUGUCGGAGCCACUGGCCAGGUGCUUUGACAGUAUCCGUGCCAUCCUGUGCGGCUCCAACGAGCAGCACUUCAGGUCUCUGUCCCUGUCGCUGCGUUCCAACUCCCUCCUCGGCCCAAUUCUUCCCUACGUUGUUGACGACAUCGGUGAGCUGAUCAAGGUGGCCAACGGGCGAGACUCCAAGUUGCACUGCCUUUUGGAGGUCACCGACGCCCUUGUCAGCAAUGAGUACGUCGAUCUCAGCAAGUCUGUCAGCAUCAACAAGCUGUUAGCGAGUCUGCUAUCGGUGGCAUUUUCACCGAACCAAGGCCGAGACGACGAUCUGCGGCGCAAGUCAGCCGACUUGUUGGGCCGUGCGCUACUGCGCUGGCCUAACAUCCUGCUCGUUCGAGAGGUGUUAGUUAAGCUGAACAAGUGCCUGCAGGACAGCUUGCUGCCACUACAGGUGCAGCGUGGCUCACUGCAGGUGCUAGCCACAAUGGGGAACGCGUCACUGGCGCUUGUGCUUUGGCCUCUGCUGCUCAACAGACCCACCUACGGCCUCUUCCUCGAGGCCAUCAGGAGCAAGCCGCAGCUUGUCGCUGACUACGCUGCCAUCCAGGACACAUUGCUAGUCUGCUCGCUAGCCUUGCAGGGAAAGAAUAUCGGGGUGGACAUUCCAAUCAAGAACGCGUUGUCAGUGGCCGCGCCGGGUUACCCUGACGCGGUCUACCGUCUCUUCAGCGAGCUGAUGGGUGAAGACGUGAUGUGCUGCCGGUGGCCGCCGCCGCAGAGUCCCAAGAGAUUUGUCGGUGCCAUAAGCACGGCGCCAAACGUGGUCAACCUUGUGGCCAGACCCUCACACAUACGACCGGCGCCGCCGACGCGAAGGCAGCGACCAGCCAAGCUGCCACGUCAAAACGGAAAGAGCCAUCUGGGCAAAGUGUGCUUCUUGGUUGCGUCGCAGGCCAAGCUGCGCAGGCACAAAUUCGAGCAGCAGCACAGCUCGUUCAGCGGCCACACUAGUUUUCAGAAACUCUCAAAUUCGAACGUCAAGCUGGGCAGGAAACGGAUUGGUGCUGUGAAAAUUGUGUUGAACUUGCAAAACGCAAUCUAAUUCUGUUUGGGGUCUGAUUCUUUUUAUUAUUUGUCGAUUAAAGAGUUACAUUGAUAUCUCUAUGGGGGAUAACAAAUACACAAUAAAAAUAUAAAAUAAAUGCACAAACGAUUAAUAAAUAUACCUAUAGCUACGUAUGGUUGCCCGCUUUGCAAAACCUGAUGCAGGUUUCUGACAGAUGAACUACGCCCUUCAAAGUAAAUCAAAAGGCAAGACGUUACUAAGUUGAUCACAAUAAGACUGGUUGCGUGGAUUGGGGGUAAAGGAGAAGGGGCUUCACUGGGAUGACACAGUCAGUCAUAUGAUUGCAGGAAUAAAAAAAUAGUACAAAUUGUUUGGAUAUAUCUUUGAGCAUGGCAAAAAUGUCGUUUUUCAUAAAUUAAAGUGACGUAUAAAAAGUCCACUGUCUGCACUCCGGCCUUUUGCUGUAGAAAAAUAUUUUGCGCAAUAAAAA